AUGGGUCAGAAUUUCAACAAAUUCCUCAGUCCCACGACUCAUAUAAUCCGUGUGAGAACCGGGGAUAAAAAAAACGCCGGCACAGAUGCAGAUAUCAGCGUCCGUUUCCAUCAUGAAGGAGGCGAGAGCAGCCCGUUGUUUAAGUUGGACGUUUCGUACAGCGAUGACUUCGAGAGAGGCCAAGUAGAUGAGUUUAAGCUAUGUGAGAACGAUGUUAGCGCUUCUUCGUUGAGCAGUAUUGAGCUAGUUCGAGGCCACGGCGGCCACGGUUCGGAUUGGUUUUGCGACUACAUCGAAGUCGUUGAUAACCGUAUCAAGAAAGCUUACAUCUUCCCGGUCCAUCGAUGGAUCCAUGGCGGGCGUUCCCUUUACAUUCAUCUCUUUGACGCCGUUCUUCCAAAGGAUGAUGCUCACCAGGAUCAGAGGAAUAACGAGUUGGUGGUGAAGAGGACGCAGUACGAGUACAUGGCACAGGUCCCUGGGGUACCAGUUCAGGUGAAAAAUUUUCCCGAGGUCGAGGCAUUUUCGGAUGAUUAUAAUGUGAGUUUCUUUACGCCUCGUUGA